UUUAGAAAUUAGAAAAUCAAGGAAGAAAAGAAAGAGAAAGAGAGAAAGACAAAGAGAAAAAGGGAAAGUUGGUUUGGCAACGUUAUAAGUUUAUGCAUUCCAUUAGGGUGUAAUUCUCACCUCCAUGGUUUGAGAGAAACCACAUAUAUUGAAGCCUCACCAAAACUCUUAGAAACACCAGCAAUAUCUAUAUUGAAAGAUCAGAAGAAGAAGAAGAAGAAGUAGUAGUGAUGUCAACAACUUCACAUACCAUUCCUCACCACACCUUUUUCGAGGAGCAGGAUCAGAUUCCUACACAGAUGGGGUUCUUUCCCUUUCCUACAAACCUUACUUUGCCUCCUUUGGGUUGCCACCAAUCCUCUUUGAAAACCUUCACCUCCAUAACACCUUCUUCACUUGCCCUAUCUCAACAAGAUUCUUCUACCUCAAAUCUAUCACAAACCCUAUUUCACAAGUCCACCUUUGGAGGACCUCAAUUCCUCUCCUUGCAUAGAUCCACUCUGAAUCCAUGGGCACUGGGAGAAGUGAGUGAUUGCUUGAGCAGUAAAAGAAGUGGAUUUGAUGAUCAUCAUCAUCUGGGAAUUUCGGCCAUGAAGAUGAAGAAAAUGAAGGCGAGAAGGAAGGUUAGAGAGCCUAGGUUUUGCUUCAAAACUAUGAGCGAUGUCGAUGUAUUGGACGAUGGCUACAAGUGGAGAAAGUACGGACAGAAAGUUGUGAAGAACACGCAGCACCCAAGAAGCUAUUACCGUUGCACACAAGAUAACUGUCGAGUAAAGAAACGAGUGGAACGCUUAGCGGAAGAUCCAAGAAUGGUGAUAACAACCUAUGAAGGGAGACAUGUUCACUCUCCAUCAAAUGAUCUUGAAGACUCUUCAUCUCCAUCUCAACUUGGGAACUUCUUAUGGUAGAUUAUUGUUAAGUGAAGAUAUAUAAUAUUUGUGUAUAUUAAUGGUUAUGUUCUUCCUUGAGGGUGUGCUUUGUUGAGAUGAGAAUUGAAUAAGUAUGGAGAAUGAUGAACAUGUAUUCGUGAAAUGCAUGAUCGUCUCUAUCAGGUAAUCCAUUGUUUUCAUCACUUCCAAG